CAGUCCUCAAAUUUCAAACCCCGAGGGAUCUGCUGUGCUUCGAUGUCCAUCUUCAACAAAUCACAUUGCCGCAUGCAACGACCAGGGAGUUUUCUUCUGCUUACAGGGCUUGAUCGUAGCCAGUUGCCCACCAGAGCCCCCUGUCCACAAACCAUGAGGGCUUUUCCUUAUCACCCCAGCUCUGCCGCCUGUCGACGCCUGCAGCGCCCUCAAACGUGAGAAACACGCCACAUAGAGCGUCGCUACAGCUAUGGCCAAGGGAAGAAAAAUCACGAAAAUCGCAUCCUCUGUGAAACCCGAGAAGCCGGCCAGGAAGAAGUUUGCGGUUCCGCCAGUGAAGCUCGCGUGUUUGGAGUGCAGACAAUCACGAACUCGAUGCGAUGGGAAGACAGAAUGUUCAAAUUGUCUGAACAGAAAUAAGACAUGCGUUUAUACUGCGAGUAAGAGGGGAGGAUCAAGGAUUCGCAGAAGAAAACUUUCAAUCGACGAGGAAAAGUCACUUUCGACCAACAAUAGCGAAUUAAAUCACUGCGCUCUUUCAAUUCUCCCAGAACUCGAUGAAGUGGCAGCAUCAUUCAGUGGCCCUUUGCAGCUGGUGGCGCCAGGCGGCGGAUUGACACAAUUAGAUUUCUCCUCAGACGACUCCUUAUUCAUCUUCGACUCAGUAUUCUCGGGCCAAGGAGACAGCCUAGACAGUGGAUAUGAGACUUCGGAGGUGUCGGCCACACUGUCGGAGGUUGAUCACCCGAAGGAAUAUAUUCGAGUAUACCAAACAGAUGAAGACAUACUCAAUGCCUAUUAUGUCUACAUACAUCCCUACUUUCCAGUCCUACCACCUCCUCAACCCCAGCAGGUGAUCGAUAACCCCGACUAUGGCGUUCGACGAGCUCCAGAUGCGAUCUUCAGCAGCAGGACGAAUCCAGACUUCGAGCCUUCCACGCCGUUGAGUCUCGCCAUUUCAGCAUCGCUAUCUUUGAUUCCUCACCCAGACGACCCCAACCCAUCCGGUCUGCAUUCUGUCCGUCUUAGAAGAGAGCAAGCUCAAGCAUUUGCUCAAUCUGCGUUCGAAAGCAUUGAGAUCGAGUCGGAAUUGAUAGAGUCUGGGAUAGAGCCAGGGGAGGCUUUGAGUAGCGACCCGGCACCUCUCAUUCGAAACCCGUUUCACCCUGAGCUCCCACUUGAAAACGAGAGUAUUGUAGCAUUACUUAUGCUCAGUACAUACGAAUAUGCGCAAAGAGGUAAUAUCGCGAAGAUGAGGAACAGAGCAGGUCAAGCGUUAAAUGCUGCGUUGAACCUGGGACUACAUUCGAAAGGAAAUGAGGAGGGCUAUCAUGCAGAAGCGAACAGAAGAACGUGGUGGAUGACCUAUAUACUCGUUUGCCAAGGCGCGAUCCUCAGUAAUUCCACGCCCCCUAUGUUGCUUAACGACCGCCGCUUCACAACUGCUGGCCCAACUUACAUGGGAGAUCCAGGGGCUUGGCCAGUCUUCCUUCAAUCGCAACAGGCCAUCACUUCCUCAACUCAAUUCGUUAUCAACCUCGAUGCAACACUGAAAUUGGGAACCAACCCAAUGGCAAUUUGGGACCGUAUGCUCGAGCUUGAGUCUUUCAUGGAGCCACUUAUCAACCAAGCCGAUACAUGGUCACUAUCCACAAAUCCCCAACCUCCACUCGACUCCUUAGAAGUCGUAGUCGGCCAAGCACUUCGAGGCAUGGCACGCAUAAAGCUCAACAGAAUAAAACUCCACCGUUACUGCGCAUUCUCAGACGUCCCCGUCUUCUCCAAAAAACACUGCGACCUCCGCUCCUCAUCCGAAGUCUCCUCCCCCGGCCCCGGCACCGGAACCCCAUCCGCCCCCAACUGCGGCUGCAGCAACACCUUCCACAACCUCCCCACCGCCGCCGACCUCUCCUCGCCCAUAUCCACCGUAUCCAGCCCAUCCAUGAACUGCGCUCUCCUUCCUUACAGCAGCAAAUACUCUGCCAAAAUGUGCUUAAAGUCCGCUAUGAACAUCGCACACUCGUUCCGCACGCUUCCGUACCCGCAACCUAUCCGACCGAAUGAUCCUUUGUCUUUCUUCCCGGAAAUGAGGAUCGAUAGCAAUGCGCCGAGGAUGAUCCCCGUGUUUGCGUGCUGCGCGAUGCAGAGUAGUUAUGCGUUGAUCAUGUUGAGCUAUAAGACGAAGGCGAUGGGGUUCGUGGGUGAUACGAGGGAGGAGUCGGCGAUGAAGUUGUUGGGGCAGUUGAGUGAGGGGUUGCAGAUGAUUUUGGGUGCUAUUAAGAAUUAUUCGAUUGCUUAUGAGGCGUUGGGUGGGAUGUCUGGUAUGUUCUGUCUCCUUAACUUAAUAUCUGAAGCAAUGCUGAUGAUGACUUUUAGGACAAAUCGAGGCUGCGGCGCAAUCUAUUAAUGUUAUGCCGGCGAAUGCGUUGAUGGAUAUGAAUUUUUCUUAAAAUAUGAUGGGGAUAUCUGUUUGAUUAGAUGACGGCGAAUCGGGUUGGAAUUUGGCGUUUUGAAG